UAUAUGACUUCCCCAAGUGUUGAUAAUUGGUUUGCCGUAGUCUUGCAUAACAUAUUUUGUGUUACUUGGAGAAUCAGGACAUGGCAGACAUUCUUGAAGAACUUCUUUCCUCAGCUGAGUAUGUCAAUGAUAAGAAGCAAUCAGUUGACAUUUUGAUUGAUAGAAUCAGAAAUCCCAAGGAUUGGGACACUAGGAUGUCUCCCUCUGAACGCUUUGAAGUCCUAUCAACUAUUAGUCAUUUUGCGUUGACAUUAUCGAGCAUGCCACCAAAGUAUGGAAUUCUGGGGGAAAGUUAUUAUUGGAGUGCUGGCUAUCAGUUGAAUAUCAGGAUUUAUGAGAAGCUACUUGUUGGGUUGUUUGACAUUCUUGAAGAUGACCACCUUAUAGAGGAAGCUGGUGAAAUCCUCAAUCUACUCAAGUCAUCUUGGUCGAUGUUAGGCAUUACUCAGAAACUCCAUAACGUGAUACAUGCAUGGGUGCUUUUUCAACAGAAACCUUCUCUCCUCAAUGAGGUGAUGAGCAUGGCAUUGAUGGUUGGAGCAUAUAGUUUUGAAUCAUGUGACAAGAACAAGUUCACAGGUUUUGAAGCUCUGGAUAGUACUCGUUACAGAAAGGUCAAAGAUUAUGUUGAAAGUUCGAUAGAAGCUGUUUCUAAGAGGGUAACUGACUCCAUAGGUCAUGGCCAUAGAAUAGAUAAGACACAUCCUUUGACUGUGCUCGCUAGUGAGCUAAAAUUUAUUUCUGAGAAGGAGAUGGCUGUAUUUUAUCCUAUCCUCCAACAAUUUUGUCCCGAAGUUGGGAUUGUUUCUGCCUUGAAAUUGCACAAAAUUUAUGGGGAAAGAUUGGGACCAUUCCUCAAUGAUGUAUCAUGCCUUUCUGAAGGUGUCAGGGAGGUGCUUACUGCAGCUGUUCUCUUGGAAGAUUGCUUAUUUGAGCUUUAUUCUUUGGGAAAAAGACAGAGUGCUCACUAUUCUGCUCGCACAAAUGAAUUUGAGUAUUACAAGGUCCGUUUAUCUUGGAAACCACUAAGUAUUUUGGGCAAGUAUUUGCUUUAAUUGAUUCUUUACUAUUUAUGUAACAUUUGUUAAGGCCUUAAGGCAAAUGUUCAUAUUUUGACUUUUGAGGCAAAAUAUUCAUUCUUUUUCACAUAGUAUUAGUGAAUAGUUGAAUACUGAAUAUCUCCUCACAAGAACAGAACAAAGAGUGUUAUGGCUU